AAUCGCGCUUGGUCGUGCUCUCCUCUUCGUAAAGGCGUUUUGCGUUGUCUGCAUCUUGUUCCUUGAGCUCUGGAGAACAGUAUUAUUUUGCGUGUGUUUUUGUCGUUGUUUGCGGUAUGGACAGUGGACAUACUGAAGCUUGCAGACACUUUUGCGCUUGAAGCGUUACCGCAGAUUGCAUGGCAACGGUAGCCUUCCUCGGACUGCGUGUAGCGUCGUGGAGCUUUACUAUGGACCUAAGACUUUGGAAAUGAGUAGUGGAGGACGGUGGUUUGUGAGCAAAACGAAAGAAACGUCGCGUCGUGGCACGACGUCUUCGGCGGCGUCAUCGUCUAGAGCACGAGACGACGAUCGCCGGUCCGGCCACGGGGGGUUCUUAGGGCGUCGGGCUGGAAGUCCCCCCGAAGGGUCUCAAGGGGGCUCCACACAGCUAGUGUUUCGUCGCCAAGGGAAGGCAUUUAGAAAAGGAAGCUCGCCGCUAAGGACAGACGACGUGUCAAGACCAACGACCAAAGGGAGCGCCAGCAAGAAGAAUUCAAGUGGCACAUCGUCAGAGGACAUAUGGAGCCUGGCACAGCGUGUGGCAGAUGAACCUCUGCGCAACCUGCGUCUCCUGCGGGACCGUGUGCAGUCGGGGACUCCCUUUCUGGGCACUGAGAACCCUGGUGUUGCAGGAGGUGCUUUCUUGGCAGCCUUCACCUCUUCCUUGGAACAGGUGCUAGGUCGACCACGCCUCGGAGCAGACCUGAGGACGGAACUUUUGACGUGUAUCACUGCUCUUGGAAAAACACUCCCUACCCCUCAUUCUCAUGGGCUCGUUGAAUGGCUUUUGGACAGCUAUGACCUAUCCAUCUCUGAUGAAUCUAGAGUUCUCCUUCUGAAAGCAUUACUUGAGGUGCUCAAGAACAAUACUGAAGUUGCUACAGACAUGCUUCCAGCAGUAAUGGAGCGCAGCCAGACGAUGCUAGAGAAUGCAGAUGAAUGUCAGCUCCUGCUUGCCACAGCUCAUGUGACAUUGUGGUGUGCCAGGCAAGAUCCGGACGCAUUUGUCACACGUUACCUGCGUGACACUGCAGACAUCUUGGUCGGAUGGCACAUUGACGUAGCCUCUUGCCCUUCACAGCAGGGGCGCCGCCCAAGUGAAGCCUUGGAAGUCCUGGAGGACCUAGGGCCUCUGUGGGCAGCAGAUGGGGCCUUCUGCGCAACCCUAUUAGCCCAGUUCGUGGAAGACCUAUGCGCCUACGCUGAGGAACCCAGCAGUGAUGCCCUUGACCGCAUGGGGGCGCUGCUCCGCGUGCACGCUGCCCUCUUGCGUAGCCUGGGGUCGCAGUCACCACAGCUCCUUUCCUGGGAGCUUCUUUCUAAUAACUUGCACAGUAUGCUGACAUGUAUCAUGACUGCUAUUGAACUAUAUCAAUCGGAAUCAUUCCUCGCAGCAGCAAACGAGGCUUUGGGUCCACUUUGCAGUGCAGCAGGCGAAUGCCCUCCUGCACUUAUUGACCUUGUGGGAACCGAACUGCCCUUGGCACAACAAUCUGAAUCACUAGCUCUUUCUCUCCUGUGGCUUUUGGGUACCCUCGUGGAAUCCUUGGGCCCCCAGUUUCCUCUUUCGCUGGUGGGACCCGCAAUGGGCCACACGUGGGCACAGGGGUCCCCUCGACCUCGUGUGCAGAAAGCCCUACUGGCUCUGCAACAUCGUCUACUCAGAGUGAAGAGUGUACCUUUACUUCAAGAGGCUUACGCGCACCUACUGGAGGCCCUAGGGGGUCUCGAGGGGGGAUCGAUGGGUCUGCAGUCUCGUUCCCUGGGCAUCCUGUGUGCCUUGGUGGAAUUAGCGAACAUGCGACACUCCAUCAUCGGGAUGUGGGCCCUGGAGCCAACCCUGUUUGAGUUAGUGACGGAGCACCUGUGUCCGACGGAUCCAGGGCUCGGGGAACAUUGUCCCGCCCUCCAGUAUGCUCUGCUUCGUCUGCUGCACUCUCAUUGUGCACGGCAUGGCCACUUUGUGCUGACGAGCGUGCUCGUAACGGGGGCUGAGGCACCCAGCAGUGGAGGACAUCUGACAGGCCUUCUGCGACUUCUUGCUCGACUGCUGCCCAUAGAAACCCCUAAGCUUUGUCACGAUGCCAGGAUGCUGGGACUGCAGUGGGUGGUGGAGGUUGCGGAAGCCGUUCGGCCAUACGCACCACAGCUUGCUCAGGCUGCAGAGUUCCUAGAUCUGGUGAAUGCAGUCAUCAAAGCAGGUUUCACACCCGAGUUACAUGUCUCACUGAAAGCAUGUGAAGCACUCCAGAACCUCCUGGAUGACAUGUCCCUUCCAAUGGAUACCUUUCAAAGGGCGUACGAACUGUGUGUACUGAAGAUGGGUAGUGCUGAGGAAGCAGAGACUUCAGCCUUUCGCAAGUUACUGUUGGUGCUCCCUGUUGAUCUCAUCACACGAAACAAGACACGCUAUGACAACCGCUACAUAUCCCCCGAAGUGGAUGCUCUCAAGCGGGAAUGGGCCAACGCAGUGUCCCUCGGUCCUGGUGCACUGGGGUCUAAUGACCUUCGCUCUGUGCUCCGUACCAUCCUUCUUGGGAGCCCCUGUGAGCUGCCUAGCAGGGUGUCCCCACACGAAGGGGUGCAGUGGGGACGUGCCCUCUGGGGUGCAGCUCAACUCUGCGUUCAGGGAAAGCUUCGUACCCCUCUGGGGAAGCCACAAGACACAUUUGCAGCCCUUGAAGGUGCCCUGAAAUCACUGCUUGCAAAACCAGCGGGGGGCCUGAAGGCCCUAAGGAGGGCUCACCUUCUCCUCGACUUUCUGGAGCACCUGGACAGGGCCAUGUACAAUGCAUAUGAAGGCAGUGCCGGAUGUCUUCCAUCCGUGGGACGUGCAGUGCGUGCCUUUUUCAGGACCAACCGUGCCACAUGUGAGGAAUGGGUGGGGCGAGUGCGGCCGUAUGCGGCCCGCCUGGCACUGCGGGCCGGGCGGCCCGCGAUAGCUUAUCGUCACGCAUCCUUAGCUCUUGCAGCACAUGGAGCUUCCCGCUCCUCGCAGGACUCUCAGCACUCCCAGGAUCCAUUGGUCUUGUUUGAUGCGGCCAGUGCCCUGGUGCUUUUGCGAUGCCCAGAUGCAUUGGUGGGUCUACGGAUUUGGAGCAAAGCCACCCUGGAGAAAGAACAUGCUUGGCUGGAUGCUGCAGCGACCCAUGCAACUGGCAGAUUUGAAUCUGCUGCAGAGCAGUAUUCUUCAUUGCUGGGAGAGAGCACAGGCGAUCAGCGUGCCUUCCUGCUGCAACAGGUAGUGGAAUGUCAGCGGCUUCUGGGAGACUGGCAGGAGGCCUUGCGCUGGGCCGAGCAGCCCACGACCAAUGGCUAUGUUGGUUCCUCCCAGCAAUUUAUGGCCCAGUACCUCAGAUUUCUAGAUGACCCUACAAAGAAGAGCAGCAGCUUACUGUGCAAAUGGGAUGGCUGGAGUGCUCCACAACAAAUACUUCUGGCACAGCACCAUUCUCAGCAUGGCUGCGGAGAUGCAUCCCAGGUGGUGGCCGCGCUGCUGGAGUUACAGGCACUCGAAUGGCCUCCAACCAUCGAUCCAGGAACCGUGGAAGUAUUGCGAUCACAAACAGACGAUUAUAGUGCCAAGGUGGUAGGUCCCCUUCUGCCUCCCUAUCACUGCUGUGGGGCUCUAGGAAGUGUUGUCGAGAACUCCCGUCCAGCACUAGUGGCAGCAGCUCGCCUGGCCCGCAAGCAGGCUAAUUUGAAUCUGGCACGCCGAUGGUUGCUGCAAGCUGCUUCUGUGGGAUUAGACAAGGCUCAGUGCUUGGAAGAUUUGGAAGAACAACCAGAGUCUGAAUUGGCCCACGAAACAGCAAAACUGCUGGCCAGCAUGGGAGAAAGGCUCCGGGCCGGUCGCCUCUUGGCCCGCAUUUCAACCUGCUCAGACCCGCAGGUGGCUGCCAGAGCCCUUUUAACCUUGGUUCGUUGGCACAAGCGCGAUGGAGGCCUUGACACAUGCCUACAAGAGGUGGAUCCACAUCACACCUUGGAGGGUAUGCCGCAGGCAUUUGAAAAUGACUCGCUGGGGUCUCUUCUCUGGCGUGCAGUUGCAUACUCGCCCAACUCUGACAAAGUAUGGGGUGUUCUCGGAGCUCAUGCGUACAGCAGCGGUGGUGCACUCGACAGCGAAAGUGAAGGGAAGCUGUCGCUCACUGCAGAAGAAAAUGUGCAGCUGGAAGAGCUCUUGCCUGACACUCUCAACAAUGAAGACCGCUUUGCUGUCCAACAGCUCUUAACUAGAAUUCCUAUGUGGGGCGUAGGCGUCCAAGAGCCUUUGGAAGCACUGUGCCCCAACCUACCUGAGCCGGCUCGAAAUGCACUUAUCACAUUUCACGAUGGGCUACUUCAGCGAGCAACCUUGUACCAUCAAGUGGCGCUGCAGGCUUACUGCCACUACUUACAUCUAGGACCGGUGCAUCUCACGCAGGAAGGGGAAGGCCCCACAACAGCAGCUUUGCGUGUGGUGCGCCUGGUGGCCUGCCUCGGACCUCUCUUGGGUCCAGCAAUGGAAGAGAGCUUGGCAUCUUGUCCUAUUGGGCCCUGGAAAGCCCUUGUUCCACAACUUCUCUCUCUUCUGACCCAUCCAGAGGCAUGUGUACAGACUACAAUUCAGAAUUUGCUUGAGCAAGUGGGACGUGUGGCUCCACACCUCCUCGUGUAUCCGCUGACUGUUCAGGCCCGUCCCUCUGAUGGGAGUCCCCUGGUGAUUUGUGCUGCCCUCUUGGACAGCAUGGCACUUCAUGCACCAGAUUCUGUAUCUCAGGUGCAAUCAUUUGUCAGGGAGCUUCAGCGGAUUGCCGUCCUGUGGGAUGAACUAUGCCUGGGAGCCCUGAAUGCACACAGUGGAGAAGCCCACCGCCGUAUUCGCACCCUCGAGGAGGAAGUGAGCCGCGUGCGUGCUAAUGCAGCACUCACUACGGAGGAGAAGGAUGCACUCAUACGAGACAAGCAUGCAGUCUUCCUCAAACCAACUGUGUGCCUUCUUGAGGAGCUGCGCGAUGCAACUUGUGGUACUCCCGAGACCCCGCAUGAGACGUGGUUCCAAGAGACGCUGGGGCCUCUUUUGAAUGAGACGCUCGAGGCCUUACAAAACCCAGCUGACCCUGGUAGGCCCCAGUCAACGUGGGCUUCCCUGCGACGUCUUCACCUACGCCUUCAAAGAUGCAGUGGUGGUGCAGCAGAGGCUUCUUCUGCUCCAGCUCCCCUGCUCAUGGAACGUGUUUCCCCAGCUCUUGCUCAGCUUUCUGAUUCGCAGGUUCCUAUGCCCGGUUGUGAUGAUGGCCAAGUCUGUGUGACAGCCGUCCUGCGUGCCAUCCAGGUGCUGCCAACCAAGACCAAGCCCAAAAAGCUUGCAUUUCAGGGAUCAGACGGACGCAAGUACACCUUCCUCUUCAAAGGGAUGGAGGACUUGCACUUGGACGAACGUAUCAUGCAACUUCUCAGAGUGGUCAAUGCCAUGUUAGCACGUACACCUGCGGCAACGCCCCUUCGAGCCCGCUGUUACGCAGUCACCCCUCUGGGUCCUCGUUCAGGCCUCAUCCAGUGGCUGGACGGAGUAACGCCCCUGUUCAGCCUGUACAAGCGAUGGCAGCAACGGGAAUCGGCCACGCCCCUGAGACCAUCUGAAAUCUUCUACGGAAAGCUUACUCCCUUGCUCAAAGAGCAGGGCAUCACAAACCUAGAAAACCGGCGCGAGUGGCCCAUACACGUACUGGUGGAAACCCUGGAGGCUCUAAUGGCUGAAACACCACACGACCUGGUUGCCAAAGAACUAUGGCUGGCAGCACCUAGUGCGCCACAGUGGUGGCAAAGUACAUGCACCUUCUGUGCCUCCACGGCUGUCAUGUCCAUCGUAGGUUACAUCAUUGGACUGGGUGACAGACAUCUGGACAAUGUCCUGGUUGACCUGCAUGCCGGAGAGGUGUUACACAUCGACUACAACGUAUGCUUCGAGAAGGGCCGGCAACUGCGUGUCCCAGAGAAAGUACCUUUCCGCAUGACGCCCAACUUGGAAGCUGCACUGGGGAUAACAGGUGUCGAAGGACAGUUUCGCCUAGCCUGUGAACAUGUGCUGCACGUGCUCCGUAAAGGGAGCGACACCCUGCUCUCAUUGUUGGAGGCUCUCGUUUGGGAUCCCCUGGUUUCCUUUGGAGAUGGAGGAACAUCUGGGGGUCCAAGUGGGGGUGACUUAGCCCAUGCCCUGCUUUCAUUACGGCUAAGAGAGGCAGCACCACAGUGGGAUGCCAACGCGCAGGCCCUGGAUGAUGCACUGGAUGCCCUCGGGGGACUUAUGGACGACUGUCAACAAGCACAGAGUGGUGUCCAGGAAGCAGAACAGCAUUUGGAAGAAGUGUGUGCACAGCAGACGUUGGUGGAGGAAGCAUUGGCAUCAGAAGAACACUCUCUGCGCUCCUUGCCUCAGCGACACAGGGACCACUUGGUGAGUCGUGCCAGCUGCGAUGCAGCCCGCAGUGCCCUCAACGAGAAGCUACAAGACUGCUGCAACUGGGGCCACCUUCAGGAAACUGCCCUUGCUGCACUGAGGGGUUCACAGAUGGAACACUGGAGCGCAGCCCUCCUUGCCUCUGACAGUGCAAUCCCCGACAGUCCAGUUGCACCCCUCACCCACUUUCUUCAUACUUCAGGGCAGGGACAACUCUUGCAGCAGUGUGAACAGCGGGAAGCAGAACUGCGCGUCAACUUGGCCGAGCGGAGGAGGACUCUGUUAAAUUGUGUCGAGCUCCUGCGGUCCUUCGGAGCUGCAGCGGGGCCUUGCCUGUCCAGUGGUGCUUACGUGCCACAGUGCCUCCGACAGCAGCGCUGGCAGCUUUGGUUGCAGGGUCUUGUGCAAGACUUUUCACUAGUGAAGUGCCAGGAACUGAUAGCUGAGUUCCAUCAUGCCUAUGGCAUCGGAGCAGAUCUCAACUUUGUCCAAGUGGCCCAGCAGCAGCAUUACGAACUUCAGUCCACUGUUGCAGACCUUAGUGCCCGCAUUCUUGCCGUACUGGAGCACAAGCAGGCAGAAGGUGCUGACUAUUUGCCGGAAGCUCAAGCGUCCCUCUUGGCUUUAACGGAAGGUAAUGAAUGUGGUCCUCUGUAUGACACCCUCGUUGGGGCUCUGUGUAAGGGUGCAGGCACUCUGUUAUCACUUGAGAGAGCAGCCACUAAGGACCCACGUCCCUGGGCCCGGGACGAGGCACCACUGCCACUGGAGGACAUGUGCUCACAGGCAGCUGUCUUACUGCAGCUCGCUGACCUCUUGCCACAUGUAGACAACAGUUCCCAAGUUGCAUCGGUCUGCCAAGCAGUGCAAGCCGUCAACAAUGUCUUCUUUGCCUUGCUUGACUUGAGCCUUCACUUUGAAACGAUCAUUGUUCCGGAGUCUUUACAACGUGUUGGAGACAGCAGCGUUGCUGAAGUAGCCGCGGCACUACAGGCUUUCGGGGCCCCUCAAGCUCUGGAAGAGCUGCUCUCGCAGCUGCACACACAGCAUCCAACUGUGGAGAACCUGAGAGAGAAAUUUCAAGGCCUCCUUGACAACAACCAGUCUACAAGCAGCUCAGGCCUCAACCCAGGACAGAUGCUUCUGCUGGGCUUCAAUGGACUCUUUGCCAAACUAGGUCGCGAGCUGGCAACCCUGUACUCGACCAUACAGAACACUAAUGUGGAGUGGAACAACGUGGAUGUUGUCUGGGGAGCCAAAGAGCUCUGUGCUGUGCAGCUAGGUGAUGAACGACAGCUCUCACAUCUUGAAGACACCCUCCUGGUGCACUCAGUAUGUGUGAUGCAGCAGUUCUUCUGUUGCCAACUGCCUUCUGGGUCCAGGGAUCAAAUGCUGGCCUCGAUGAGGUUCUUCUUGGCUGACUUCUACCGCAACCAGGUGGCGGGGUUGUCAUCUCUAUGUGUCGCAACAGCUCUCUGCUCACUGAUUGGUCCAGCAGACAGAGAAAGUCCCAUCACUCUUGAGUCCAUGGUUCCUCUGUCACCGCACCCAGCAGUUGUUUCUGUAGAGACAUCGGCCACUCGAAGAGCUCUCCUAUCGCGUCUGGAGCGAGCACAGCUGGCUCUCCAAGGCCGUAUGCAGAGGGCACAGCUAGAGCUGAAUGCCCACCAAUGGCUUCACCAGGAGGUGCUGCCCCCCACGGGCACCAUUCCGACGGGACCUUCACGGCUAGUGCUGUUGGCAGAGCUCCGAAAGUCUCUUCAGAUGCUGUGUUGCGCGGAAAACAGUGUGCAGGAAUCGUGGGAGGCACAGAGAACACUGUGUCAAGCUGUGGAGCAGAGGCUACGUUGGGCGACAGGAGCUAAUCCAGGCUUAGCUCAUACGCAGCAAUGCUUUGAGGAAUCACACGCCCUCUGGGAGCAUCACCUGCAGAAUGAAUCAACGCUGGCACGUGAGGUACGUGAGUCGUGUGAGGGCCUCCUGCAACUGGAGGCCCAACGUCCUGGAGCCCCAGAGGCACAGGCAUGGGAUGGAGCCUUACUGGCCCUGCUCAACCGCUGCCAGGAGAGCUGUCUCCUGUUGGAAGGAGCUCAUCUGUCCUCGGCCAUCACCCCCAUUGAGGAGCAGUUGCUGGCUUUGAUCCCCGAAGGAGUGCCACAGGCCAUCACAGAGUGGCUAAGAGCACUACUUGGAAAGGUGGACCUGGGUACGAGCCGCAAGCAGUUGGAGGAGGCAAAAGCUGCAAGAAACACGGCGAGGGAUGCCCUUCGCAACAAGGUGAUGUGGCUCCGUGCCGAGGUUCUGGGUCAGCACCACAAGCUCAUGUCAGAAGUGCGCUCCUUGCUCAAGGCUCUUGCCCGUCAAGAAGGGAAUGGCAGGGGUCUUAUCCAAGAAUAUUUGUCGUUCUAUCGUGGCUUCUCGGAACAAGCUUCCCAGCUGGUGAGGGAUCUGUUGACAGCAGCAGAGGUCUCUGAGCCCUUGCACAAACGGCUGGAUGAUCUGCGCUCCCUUGCCCCCAAGGUGUAUGCAGGACUCACUGGGCUCGUUCAAGAUGGACAGGAAGUGCCAAACCAUAGCAGAGAUGGCACAGUAGACCAAAAGGUGACACGAAGCACACGGCAACGAAAAGGUUGGGGUGAGCCUAGCAAUUAUGCCCUGAGCGUAUGGAAGCGGGUCAAGACCAAAUUGGACGGGAGAGAUCCUGAUCCUGGGCACACUUUAAAUGUCACUCAGCAGGUGGACUCGGUAAUCGGCGAAGCGACUCGCCUGGAGAACCUGGCUCUGCUGUAUGAAGGGUGGACGCCCUGGGUGUGAGUGGCCCUCUUGAACCGCCUCCCCCGGGAGAGGGGGGCUUCUUCACUCGCAACUCCACCUGGUGGCAGUAACACAAAAAGCGGCGUGCCCCACAACGGGCCCCCAGAGGAUGGUCUUCGCCAGACCAGUUGGCCCGGGGGGGAAUGGGCCCCACCGUGGCGCCGUGACUUCCGGCUCUUCCGCGAUACUCUGAUUUUUCCCUCCCCCAUUGCUCCCAAAUUCACUCCCCCUAUCAUCCACCCAGUACACUUCCUCCUUUUGAGUUGUCACUAAUGACUGGCGGGCAUCGACCAGCUGUCCCGCGACCAACGAGGGAACUGUGCAGAGUACUUCCUGUUUUUUUUUUUUCUCCUCCUCCUCCUCCCCCUCGCUGCACCUUUCCCCCAUUUGUUUGGUUUCUUUUCUCUCCUGAGUAGGUGUGACAGAAUGCAGUGUCUCAAUAAAUGUUCCUAUGUCACAGGCAGUAUUCCUUGUACACCAAAAUGUUGCGAAUUUCCUAUCUCUCUCUCAGACACGUCUAAACAAGACACCAUUGUUUCGCGCUUAUAACAUUCUGUUAUAGCGUAAUGCAUCAAACACUGUGUUACAAGCAUUUUUGUAUUGACCCAAGUGGCCUGUAGCAGUGGCUACUACAAAAUUGGAAUCUGUCACUUAAUGAACAACUGAUGAAAGAAGGAGGUCACUGAACAACUGAACAACUAAUCUGCAAUAUCCUUCUAGUACGAGUUGAAAACAUUGUCAACGUGCCUCUCUUGCACAUCCAAAUAUGUUACAAAUUUUAGUGACGGAAUAAGUGUGCGAGCAUCGCAGUAUAACGUCUGUGAGGAGAGUGGGUGGCUCCGAGCUUCCCGAGUUCUGUUAUGAUAGAGGUGACAAUGCUGGCAAUCCUGUCUUCAUCUGCUGACCCCUGCUGCCUUGAGCAGGUUUACCACUGCAUGUCGCGAUGACCGUAAACUAACUGUACACUGUCAAGAAUUUGUCGCUGUAACUCAUUGAGUGCACCUCCAAUGAAGCAAACUAGGAUACAUAGUUGAACAUGAGAAUGCAAGCCAACUGGUGAGUGCUAUGCAGACAAUUUGAGACAUUGUACAUCCAGUGUGGAGAGAGAAGCUUCUGAAGACCACAGAAACCACAGUAAAGGCUGUUUAUAGCCAAACCAUGCAUACUCACAUUUCUUUUUCACGGGAGCUGGCAAGCCUGUGUUGAAUUCAGUGUAUGUAUUUCUAUGUUAUAUGCGGUCAACCUUCCACCCAUGCCCCGUCUGCUUUUCCCCGCCACCCAAGGCUAAGACAACUAAGCCUGACGGCUUUCGUGGAACCAAAAAAAAUUUGCAAAGUAUAAUUAGGGCCUAACUUUUUAGGGUUAAACCCGUAUCCGCCCGAUAUUUACCCCCCGAACGAAAUCUGUAAAAUUCGGGUUUAACCCGAAUUUACCCGAAAACAUCCGGGUCGCGUGGCACACUCAUAAGCGUGCAUCAAAAUAAAGUUUGAUAACAUUGCUAAAUAUUAGUUCCAUGUUAAGACAAAUUUUUAUUAAACAAAAACAAACCAAAAAAAUCACCCGAAUUCCUGACGACAGAAUAUGCCGUAACGGGAUUUAACCCGAAUUUUCAAAUGAAAAAUAUCACCCGAUAUUUACCCCCCGAAUCUGGCCAAAAAUAAAACCCGAAAAAGUCAGGCCCUAAGUAUAAUUUGUUCUCUACACUCCUUGGAAUAUGUGCUAGCCACUUUUCUGCCAUUGCAGGAAAAUUAGCUUUGCAGAAGCACUGUUUUCCAGCAGUGCUUCAUGUAGCAAUGGUGUAAUGAGGAUUAUGAUGGCAAAGUCUCUGUACUUUUCCUUAAAUUGAUUGUCACAGUACAGAUACCGACAGUGCAUCAGAGAGAAGGAAAAUCUGUUGACAGUAAGUAGCACCAGGACAGUAGCGACUGACAUGUUACAAGCAGAAGGCUGUUCUUUAAUUAGUUUGUAGGAUGUUACAAUGUCACAUCCACCAGAAUGUUAUUUCUGUAUCUACAGAACUAACUGCUUCAGGCUUGGCAACUCUGAAGCAACCGUGCAAGUGUGUGACAAAAAGUUGAAAUGACGUGUUUAGUUUUGAGGUUUUAUCUAGAGUAUGUGUUGCUUGAAGGACAUUAUUGCUUGGGUUUAGCAGACAGUGACAUCAUUGCUGAGGGUGCAGUGGCACCAAUGUAUCUGCGAUAGUGACUAGAUUUGACUAACCGCCUCCACGCCCAACAUUGACGGAAACAUUGCAUUGCGCUAAACGGGCGAACUUUUUUUACGUUGAGCACAAAAUGUGGUGGCUCCAUAAUGUUGACAGGUUGUCGUUCAUGCCAUAUUAUGUUGCUGAAAGCAGAUGUCCCCAAAACAUAGUUUUAAUAAAUCUUUUAUAGUGGACAGUG